AUAAAUAGAGAAAGGUGAGUGGAAAUUCUGUGGAGGUGCUUUUCUUUGGGGUUUUCCAUUGAAUUUUCUAUUAUUGGGAGAUUCCAAUUCAAAUCUUUCUGUCUUUCUUUUCCUUCUGAGUUCAAUCACCCACAACUUGUGAAUUGUGAUUUCCCCAGCGAUCCCUUUCUUAUAUCUUCGAUUUUCCUUUCUUCUCAAAGGAAAAUCCUAGAUUUCUAUUUUUCCUUCUCUCUCUCUAAAAACCUCGAUUUUCCAACGAAACAAACAGUUUCCGAUCCGAUCUGAGAAAAAAAAAUGGCGGAAGAACAUCGAUGCCAAGCUCCACGACUCUGCACCAACAAUUGUGGCUUCUUCGGAAGUCCGGCGAUGCAGGAUCUUUGCUCCAAAUGCUAUCGAGAUUUGCAGAUCAAGGAACAGCAAUCUUCCUCCGCUAAAUUGGUUCUCAACCAAUCCCUAGCACCUUCGCCGCCGUCUCAGGCGGUUCUGUUGCCGUCUUCUUCCUCUUCGUCGCCGCAGGAACCGGUCGUUGCUCCUUCUUUCGUUGAGGAGAAGAGCGGAUCGGCGGCGCAGCCGAAUCGGUGCGUGACUUGCAGGCGGCGCGUGGGAUUGACGGGCUUCAAGUGCCGGUGCGGGUUGACGCUGUGCGGGUCGCACCGGUACCCGGAGCAACACGGGUGCGAGUUCGACUUCAAGGAGAUGGGAAGGGAGCAGAUCGCGAAGGCAAACCCAGUGGUGAAGGCCGAGAAACUUCACAAGAUAUGAACAUGGGUAUUAUGGUCAUUUCAAAAUUGGUUAUCAUUGAAAAAUAUGAAAAAAAUUUUCGGAUCUGAUAAUCCGGGUCGGACGCUCCGUCCACAGUCGGGUCAUAUAGUUGGUGGUUUAGGGUGGGUCGGGGAUCCUUAUCGUUACGUGGUUGUGUUA